GCCCCGGCGGGCCUCCAGGGCUGGGGGGCGGGACGCUGGGGUCCCCUGGGGCGGGUGGCUGCGCGGGGCGGUGCUGGCGGGGCGAGGGUUAACCCGCCCCUCCCCCGUCCACCUGCUUUCCCCUUCCCCCGCGUGCCCCGGGCUGACCCUCGUCCCCUCCUCUCCCCGCCCUUGGCGGGGCGGCGGCUGCUGUUGUCACCCACCGAGCCGCCUGUCCCGCUCGUCCUCCCCGCCGCGGGGCUUGCCGGGCCGGCCGGGCCGGGACAGGCGGCCGUCUUCUCACCACAGACACCGCCGCCAUGCUGGCCGCUCGCCCACCCCACUGGGGGCCCCACCGCGCCCCAGCCCCCCGUGGGCGCGCCAGCCCCGACCCGGGUCUCAGCGGCGGUGGCAGCCGAGGUGCAGGAUGCGAGAAGGCGCCCCCCGGCCGGGCUCCCGCUCCAGGCCUCACUCCCCUGCGGCCCUCUGAGCCCACCAUGGCCGUCCCACCGGGCCAUGGUCCCUUCUCUGGCUUCCCGGGGCCCCAGGAGCACACGCAGGUAUUGCCUGAUGGGCGGCUACUGCCGCGGAGGCUGCCCCUGGCCUUCCGAGACGCGACCUCAGCCCCGCUGCGCAAGCUCUCCGUGGACCUCAUCAAGACCUACAAGCACAUCAAUGAGGUAUACUAUGCGAAGAAGAAGCGGCGGGCCCAGCAGGUGCCACCUCAGGACUCGAGCACCAAGAAGGAGAAAAAGGUCCUGAACCACGGUUAUGACGAUGACAACCAUGACUACAUCGUGCGCAGUGGCGAGCGCUGGCUGGAGCGCUAUGAGAUUGACUCGCUCAUUGGCAAAGGCUCCUUUGGCCAGGUGGUGAAAGCCUAUGAUCAUCAGACCCAGGAGCUGGUGGCCAUCAAGAUCAUCAAGAACAAAAAGGCCUUCCUGAACCAGGCCCAGAUUGAGCUGCGGCUGCUGGAGCUGAUGAACCAGCAUGACACAGAGAUGAAGUACUAUAUAGUGCACCUGAAGCGGCACUUCAUGUUCCGGAACCACCUGUGCCUGGUGUUCGAGCUGCUUUCCUACAACCUAUACGACCUCCUGCGCAACACGCAUUUCCGUGGCGUCUCGCUGAACCUGACGCGGAAGCUAGCGCAGCAGCUCUGCACAGCGCUGCUCUUCCUGGCCACGCCCGAGCUCAGCAUCAUUCACUGCGACCUCAAGCCCGAGAACAUCCUGCUCUGCAACCCCAAGCGCAGCGCCAUCAAAAUCGUGGACUUCGGCAGCUCCUGCCAGCUUGGCCAGCGGAUCUACCAGUACAUCCAGAGCCGUUUCUACCGUUCUCCCGAGGUGCUCCUGGGCACACCCUACGACUUGGCCAUUGACAUGUGGUCCCUGGGCUGCAUCCUGGUGGAGAUGCACACUGGAGAGCCCCUCUUCAGUGGCUCCAACGAGGUGGACCAGAUGAACCGGAUUGUGGAGGUGCUGGGCAUCCCACCAGCCCCCAUGCUGGACCAGGCACCCAAGGCUCGAAAGUACUUUGAGCGGCUGCCUGGGGGUGGCUGGACCCUGCGAAGGACAAAGGAACUCAGGAAGGAUUACCAGGGCCCCGGGACACGGCGGCUGCAGGAGGUGCUGGGCGUGCAGACGGGCGGGCCCGGGGGCCGGCGGGCGGGGGAGCCGGGCCACAGCCCCGCCGACUACCUCCGCUUCCAGGACCUGGUGCUGCGCAUGCUGGAGUAUGAGCCCGCCGCCCGCAUCAGCCCACUGGGGGCUCUGCAGCACGGCUUCUUCCGCCGCACGGCUGAUGAGGCCACCAACACGGGCCCGGCAGGCAGCAGUGCCUCCACCUCGCCCGCGCCCCUCGAUACCUGCCCCUCUUCCAGCACCGCCAGCUCCAUCUCCAGCUCUGGAGGCUCCAGUGGCUCCUCCAGUGACAACCGGACCUACCGCUAUAGCAACCGAUAUUGUGGGGGCCCUGGGCCCCCCAUCGCUGACUGUGAGAUGAACAGCCCCCAGGUCCCGCCCUCCCAGCCACUGCGCCCCUGGGCAGGGGGUGAUGUGCCGCACAAGACACAUCCGGCCCCUGCCUCCGCCUCGUCACUGCCAGGGGCCGGGGCCCAGUUACCCCCUCCACCCCGAUGCCUCGGCCGUCCCCUGUCACCAACCUCGCCACCACCCCCGGAGCUGAUGGAUGUGAGCCUGGUGGGCGGCCCUCCGGACUGCUCCCAGCCUCACCCAGCGCCUGCCCCCCAGCACCCGGCUGCCUCAGCCCUCCGGACUCGGAUGACAGGAGGUCGUCCACCCCUCCCACCCCCUGAUGACCCUGCCUCUCUGGGGCCUCACUUGGGCCUCUGUGGUAUACCCCAGAGCACGGCAGCCAGCUCAUGACCCCGCCCCCUCCCUGGGGCCCCUCCUGAAGCCAUACCCCCCCACCCACCCAAUCUGGGGGCCCUGGGCUCCCAUCCUCAUCUCUCCCGUUGACUGGAAUUGCUGCUACCCAGCCGGGGUGGGUGAGGCCUGCACUGAUUGGGGCCUGGGGCAGGGGUUCAAGGAGAGGGGUUUAGGCUCACCUCCCCACUAAGGACUGGACCCUUGGUCCCUUCUCUCCCCUUGUUUUCUAUUUAUUGUACCAAAGACAGUGGUGGUCCAGUGCGGGGAGGGGGAGAUUCCCUCUCACCCCAGGGCCCUAGGAGGGGGUGGGGGCAGGUAGGGGGAGAUGGCCUUGCUCCUCCUUGCUGUACCCCCCAGUAAAGAGCUUUCUCACA